AUGCGAAUCUGCCAACAGAUUCCUAUCACUGGAACGGAGGACGCUGAUAACGACACACUGGCUAGACAGGCCGUUCCCCCUGGCGUUGGAGACUGUAGCGCUGCUCCUCGCUUCCUUGGCUACGCAGAAAGAAUACAAGAAGAGCACGAACUUCUUCCUGGCGGCUACGUUAGAUACCUUGUGUGGGAAAAGGUCCCUGGUGAGCCAAUGACAGAGGAGUUCUUCUGGGACUUGGAGGACGCCGGACGCAAUGACAUUCGUUCUAAGUUCCGUGCCGCCUAUAAUUGCGGCGUAGAACCAGGUCAGUCCAGAAUGUCGAAGCUCAUCUUUGAUCAGUCCACAGGCAAGCUGUACGUCAGGCAUGACAUGCUAUGUAAUGUGCUGGAAAUAUAUACUAACGGAUUACAGUCGCAUUUCGGGUUUCCGAAGGGGAUGGCCAAUUUUCAGUAA